AUAAAAACACUGUUUAUUUUCUGAGUCUCUCUCUCCUUCUCUCUUCUUUCUCGCGACCUUCUUCUCUCCUCUCCUCUGCGUUUAGGGUUCCGGUAACGACGUUGAGCGCUUUGUACCGUUAUCGCCCUCAUCCGACUUAGAAGCUGAGAUGGAGAUCAUGCCAAGAGAGAAUGAGAACGCUUUGUCAGAGAGUUUAGCAUACGGGAAGCAGCGGUCAUCGAGCCUUGAAGCACCAAUCAUGCUGCUAACCGGACACCCGAGCGCUGUCUACACCAUGAAGUUCAAUCCAUCCGGAACUCUAAUCGCGUCUGGAUCACACGACAGGGAGAUUUUCCUCUGGAGAGUCCACGGGGACUGCAAAAACUUCAUGGUUCUGAAAGGCCACAAGAACGCUAUCCUCGAUCUUCACUGGACAAGCGACGGCUCCAUGAUCGUAUCAGCGAGUCCUGAUAAAACCGUGAGGGCGUGGGAUGUUGAAACCGGGAAACAAGUCAAGAAGAUGGCUGAGCAUUCGUCCUUUGUGAACUCCUGCUGUCCUACGCGCAGAGGAUUACCUUUGAUCAUCAGCGGAUCGGAUGAUGGAACUGCAAAGCUUUGGGAUCUGCGUCAGAGAGGAGCUAUACAGACGUUUCCAGACAAGUACCAAAUCACAGCGGUGAGCUUCUCUGAUGCAGCUGAUAAGAUCUUCACUGGAGGUGUUGACAAUGACGUUAAAGUCUGGGACCUGCGGAAAGGGGAAGCCACCAUGACGCUCGAGGGACAUCAAGAUACCAUCACGGGGAUGAGUUUGAGUCCAGACGGUUCCUACCUUCUCACCAAUGGGAUGGAUAACAAGCUAUGCGUGUGGGACAUGCGUCCUUACGCUCCGCAGAACCGGUGUGUGAAGGUCUUUGAAGGGCAUCAGCACAACUUUGAGAAGAACUUGCUGAAGUGUUCUUGGUCGCCUGAUGGUACUAAAGUCACUGCUGGUAGCGCAGACCGUAUGGUUCAUAUAUGGGACACAACCACUCGGAGGAUUCUCUAUAAGCUCCCGGGCCAUAAAGGAUCUGUUAAUGAGUGUGUGUUUCACCCCACUGAGCCUAUCAUUGGUUCUUGCAGUAGCGAUAAAGAUAUCUACCUGGGAGAGAUCUAAAUUGGAAUUUGAAGUCUUUAGAUUCAACAAUGUGGUUUUUAAGACAAUUUGCUUAUUGAGAGUAGAAAAAAAAAACAAAACAUUGCUCUUUGCUA